AUUUCAUCUGCGCGUGCUCGGCUGUCACUUCCGAUAAACGCUAAGCUGUUAGCUGUGCUGCGUGUUUAUGUUAUGUUUUUGCUUUAAUUUGUUGUACAGUUUUCCUGGCUGGCGGCAGUUAUCCAGCCUUUAGUUGCAGACCUGUAUGUCCAUAUCCACGGUGACAGGUGCAACGAUGAUGGAGCCAUCCGCUAAGCCAGGGGCCAACCAGGUUGCUGAUGUAGUGUUUGUCAUUGAAGGGACGGCAAACCUCGGCCCUUACUUUGAAUCACUAAGAAAAAAUUACAUCCUGCCUGCUAUUGAAUAUUUUAAUGGUGGGCCUCCAGCGGAAACAGAUUUUGGUGGAGAUUAUGGCGGGACACAGUAUGGCUUAGUGGUGUUCAACACAGUGGACUGUGCUCCUGAGUCCUAUGUCCAGUGUCACGCCCCGACCAGUUCAGCUUUCGAGUUUGUCUCAUGGAUCGACAGCAUCCAGUUUAUGGGUGGUGGAGCAGAAAGCUGCAGUCUGAUUGCUGAGGGCCUCUCUGUGGCGUUGCAGCUCUUUGAUGAUUUUAAGAAGAUGAGAGAGCAAAUAGGUCAGACCCACAAAGUGUGCGUGCUGCUGUGUAACUCUCCUCCGUACCUGCUUCCUGCUGUGGAGAGUGUCAGCUACACUGGCUGCACAGCCGACAGUUUGGUCAAAAUCAUCAGAGACAGAGGUAUCCACUUUUCUGUGGUGGCACCUCGCAAGCUGCCUGCUCUAAGAGCUUUGUUUGAGUGGGCGUCUCCGGUUGGGGGGGUGGAGCCCCAUCCAGACUACAGUCAGGACCCCUUUCACAUGGUCCUGGUCAGAGGCAUCGCUCUUCCCGUUUCUUCCAGUGCAGGAGUUGGGCCGCUGAAGCCUGUUCUCCCGCCGCAGCCGCUGCCCGUCAGUCAGUCUCUUGUUGUUGGAGUUUCACAGGCCCCUCCCCCCAUCAGUGCUGCCCAUCCUUACCAGAAUCCGCCCUCCAUGACCGCGGCUCAGGCGGCCGCACAGAUGGCCCUGGAUGCAGCCAACAACCAGAAGAGCCGCUUCACAGGAAUUCCCUUAAGCAGUCAACCGAGCCUGUCAUCGGUCUCUGGGGUGAAGUUGCCCCAAUCCAGUCAGCCCAGCCUAUCAACAGUGACAACAACCACACCUCCCAUGAUUCCACAGCAACAGGUUCCUCCCAGUCAACAGCCACAGCAAGUCCCUCCUUCAGGGCAGCCUGCAGCCAAUCAGCAACCACAGGCACCACCUCAGCAGCAACCUACAACCAAUCAACCCACAGCACCGUCAGCACAACCCGGCAUGCCUGGCGUAACUGGACCUCAAGGCAAUGCAAACCCAAUUGGGCAGCCACAAGGAGUAGCCAAUAAGAUUGUAGCAUGGACUGGAGUUCUGGAGUGGCAAGAGAAACCUAAAAACUCGUCAAUGGAUUCAGCGACUAAAGUCACUCGCUCUCUGCCAUGUCAGGUGCAUGUAAACCAAGGAGAAAAUCUCAACACAGACCAGUGGCCACAGAAGCUUAUUAUGCAGCUAAUUCCACAUCAGCUACUGACAACUUUAGGUCACCUCUUCAGAAACUCACGAAUGGUCCAGUUUCUCUUCACCAACAAAGAUAUGGAGUCACUGAAAGGUCUUUAUCGAAUGAUGGCCAGUGGUCUGGCUGGCUGUGUCCACUUCUCCCACACCACCUCGCCAUGUGAAGUGCGUGUGCUGAUGCUGCUCUACUCGUCCAAGAAGAGAAUAUUCAUGGGCCUCAUCCCCAACGACCAGAGCGGCUUUGUCACCGGCAUCCGGCAAGUCAUCACCAACCACAAGCAAGUCCAGCAGCACCGAGUGCAACAGUUGGGUGGUGCUGGGGGUCCAAUGCAGCCCGGUCAAGUCCCCCCCAACCAAACCUUCAACAGGCCCCCUGGGCCCAUCCCCGUAUCCCACGGCAACGUCCCGCAGCAGUCGGUGGUGGUGGGCAUGCCCCCUGUUAGUCAGGUCACUAUGAUGGAGGAACAGCAGAGGCAGAACAGCAUGAUGUCAAUGAGAGCAGCUGGACCAGCCAACCAACAGCCGCCAGUUGGCAGCGCGCCGCCAAACCAGGUUGCCCAGAGUGGACAAGCUCCACCCCAGGGCCCCAUACUGCGCCUCUCCAACCCGGGAGCCAAUCCGCAGCUUCGCAGUCUCCUCCUCAGCCAACAGCAGCCACAAGGCGGCGUGUUGAUGUCUCACCAAGGUUUGGGACAGCAGAUGGUUCAUCCACAGCCAGGAGGGGGGGCGCAAAUGCAGAACCAGUGGAGGCAGCCUUUAACAGGUCAGAUGCUGAUGUCUGGGGGCCAGCGAGGGGCGGUUCCUCAGCCCGGCAUACCUCAGAUCUCCAGCGUCACGGAGGAUGAAAUCCUCAGGGACCUCCUCUGACGGCCAGCUUUUGGAUAAGACUCACGUUUCAUUUUUGCUUUCUUUUUUAAUAUAACAAAUAAAGGUUAAUUUUGGAAAAUUAUGAAUUUUGGAAAGUGAUGCAUUUUUUUUUUUUUUAAGUUUAAAUAAGAGUAGAUAUCAGGACCACAGCUAACUGAAGAAAUCUUUUUAUUGUCUGUUGACACCAUGUUGAUCAACUCGGGCUCUGAAGGUGAGCGACAGCCUGAAAUAGAUUCUGUCGCAGCGCCAUCAGUGUCUUUUUUUUCUGCCCAAUAGUGUCACAGUGUUCAUUUUAACUACUCCAAUAUGCCAUGGACCCGUACAGUGUCCCGCUCACACCAAGUAGUCCUACCAGAUGGCAGCAGUUGGCUGCGUUUUGUUCCGCCCCCUUGGCAUGACGUGCAACCAGGCUGACCCCAUGUGCACAUGGCGCCGACUCCACAUACACAUACACAGCACCUGCUUCUCAAAACCACCCAAGCAGUGCGUGAGAGUGGCACCCCGCACACGCGUGCCGUCGCGCACCAAACCUGCAGGAAAAGAGAAAAGUGCGACUGACUGACAAAUGAGUGCAGCAGUUUUUUUUUUGGUUUUGACUUACACAUUAUGUACACACAUGCACCAACAGGAAGUGACAUCAGUCCCUGUCACCUGGGAGACGGAGACGGUUGCUAAGAUACCGUGACAGAGGGUUCUUGUUUGCGAGCCUUUCUUCAGCCGCGCUUUCACAUGGACUCACACGGACAGACACUGGUCCCUCAGUGGCUGCUGCUCAGCCCCUUAAUCACUGGCCGACCAUCGGAGCUGUGCUGAGCGCCGCUCUGUCUCUUUUCUGUCUUUUCCCGCCUCUUUGUAUCUGUCUCCCACUCAUUAUGACGCUUUUACCAUCCACCUGCGCUCAGGCGCUUCAUCACACCAUGUUUGAAUAUUCCGUGUAAAUAAAGUAUUUGAUAAGUA